UAUAGCGGCCUAGGCAGACGCGCCAUUUUGUUGCGAUCGAACAAAGGUGUAAGAAGCAUCUUAUCGUACUCCGUGUAAAUUUGCACUUAAUUCUAUUCAACAUGAGUUCUGCCGACAAACAGAGUGAUGUUUCUGUUCAGCGAAAGGAUGACUGUCCCCCUGAAAAAGAAAAAGGACAAAAUGAUGCUAAAUCUGAUACUUCUCCUCAAAAAAGAGCAGCUUCCGAGUUAAACAGCACUGAUGAAGUAAAGCAGAAGAUGCAAAAGAUUGACCAUAAGAAUAAAGAGGAAAAUGGGGAAUCUGAAGAUAAGUAUGAUGAAGAUGGUGAUGAUGAUGACGAUGUCAUUCCUGAUGAUUAUGAUGAGGGAGAAGAUGGCGAAGGGGAAGAUGGAGAUGAAGGUGCUGAUGAAGAGGAAGAUGAUGAUGAGGAAGCUUAAUUUUUGUUAUAGAGCAUUGCUUCUAGGGGGAUGAUUAGCGAACAAACAAUAUUGUCAUUUCUUUUAUUGAAAAGGUAUUUAAAAAAUUUUUAAACAAUUGCCAAUUUUUAUUUAAUAUUAAAAUAAAAUGUUGCAUUACAUAGCCUCUAAAGUAAAACCUUUAGCCAUUAUCUCCCCUACCAGUGUAAUAAAUCAUUGUAGGCUUCUUUUAUUAUUAUAACUACAAGUAGCUGUAAUAACAACAAGUUGCUGUUAGUUGUUGAUGUAAAAAAUUGCACAAUAUUUUUUGAAGUUAACAUCUCCCAUGUCAUCUCAUCUGUCAUAUUUGUGCUGUUCAUUCACCUGUCAUUUUUUAGAUUCUGUGUCAAGCAAAAGCAGCUGAAUGAAAUACGCGUGGUUUUAUAUGUGAAGUCAUUCAAUCAUUUUGCACCUCCCUAUAGUUUGAUAAACAUCAGGUCAUUUUUAUAUGUAUAUUCAGAUACAUUGAAAAAAAAUUUGUUUCAAAAACUAUAAAAUAAAAGUACUGACCUAGAGUGUAUCUUACAUUCUUUUACAUAGGGGAAUAUUUGUGUUCAUUUUUAUCUAAUACUGGUUCCAAUUUUUAUUUUAUAACUAAAAAAUCAUUUAUAUUCACUUGCACAUACCAUUUACUUUCACUUUUCAGUUGAUCUUGUUAUUGUAUAUACUGUUCUCUAAAUUUUUCUUUCAUCAUUUGAUGCAACAAAAACUGCUGAUACUAUAAUUUGUUCUGUAUUUUGAUUGAAGCCAUCGUGUAUUUUGUUCCCAAGUUGUCAAUAAAAGCUCUCUUCUUUGAA